AUGGAUCAACCCUCGCACAAUUCACCACCUCCCAAUCCUAUGUCGGAAGAUGGCUCUCAACAUGCAUCUCCCUCUACAUUGGAUAUACAAGCGAUGGCUCAACAACUCCAACAGCAGCAAAUCCUAUUGCAACAGCUCCUUCAACAACAACAGCAUCAACAGCAAUCGACAGGGUUAUCCUCUUCGGUACCUGGUUCUCAACUUCAUGACUUGCCUUCACGUCCAUCCUAUGAAUGGCAACCUGAUGAACACUUGACGGCUCGUAUGCCAACCUUGUCGCUCCCACUGUUUGAUAGCACACUAUCAAAUGACGAGAAACAAGUCAUUUUUGAUCGAUAUCCGCCAGUAUCUCGACUACGGUAUGCUCCACCUGAGACAUUACCAAUCGCAGACCAACGCUUUAAUAAGUCGCAGAAACUACAAGACCAGACUCUGCGACAAAUUCAGUAUGGCUUGUCGGGUGUCUUACGUCCUCUUGAUGUCCUUGGUUAUGUCUUACACCAAUCUUUGCCACAAGACCAAUUGGAUCGUGUCUUUGCCAUCCUUCAUGAUUUGAGACUUUUGGUGCUGCACAAUUGCGGUAUGGUCAAUUCCGCUCGUAAUCAACUGGCUUUGCGGGUGGUGAAUCCUGAGUACAAGAUGCCAUCAACAGACAAGACAUAUACAAUGGAUCUCACUACUUUCAAAGAUACGUUGUCCCACCAUAAUGCCUUGCAGAAGGCUAUCAAGGAAGCCAAUCCUCGUGGUGGCACGCGUUAUGGAGGUCGUCUUCACCAUUUCCAUCGAGCCUGGUUACGUUUAACCAACAGCAACUGGGUUCAUUCAGUGAUCAAAGACGGUUUCAAAAUUCAUUUUGCUCGCCAACCUCCUACAUCAAUGCACCAUCCUUACACACAACCACCUUCACAAGAACAGAAGAAAUUGCUUCGUCAAGAAAUUGCGGAUCUUCUUCUCAAGAAAGCCAUCGAACCAGUGACAAGUCCAUCACCAGGUUUUGGAAGCACAAUGUUUGUUAUCCCCAAACGCAAUGGCGGCUUUCGUCCCGUGUUCAACCUGCGCAAACUGAAUCAAUUUAUCAAUGCUCCUCAUUUCAAGAUGGAAACCUUACAACAUGUCGUCAAGCUCUUACAACCAGGAGAUUUCCUCACUUCAGUGGAUUUACAAGACGCUUUUCUCCAUAUAUUGGUCCAUCGCACAUCAAGAAAAUAUCUACGCUUCCGGUGGCAAAAUCAGCUCUUUCAGUUCAAGACUACCCCUUUUGGCCUUUCCGUGGUUCCUUGGCUCUUCACUCGUUUGACUCAACCAAUCCUCAAGUGGGCUCGUUCACAAGGCAUAAGGGUAUCGGCAUACUUGGACGAUUGGCUAAUCAUGGCACGUACGGAGGAAGAAGCUCGAGAUCACACCAAUCAAAUGAUCUCUCUUCUUCAACAUUUGGGCUGGUUGGUGAACUUCAAAAAGUCUCACCUCCAGCCCACCCAGUUGCCAGGCACCAAACUUCGAGAUCUCAGGCGGUCGAUCAAACAGAUCUUGAUGCAUCCUUCUCAGUCUGCUCGCAAGAUUCACAGCCUGACAAUGCGGAUCAAGGCAGCAACCAUGGCAAUCUUUCCAGCAGCCAUGUACACACAAGGAUUGAUGAGGUUCAAGAAUCAUUAUGUACGCCAUCAGCAAGACUGGGAUCAAGUGCGACCUCUUCCUCAAGAAUGCAUAGACGAAUUGACAUGGUGGAAUCUCAACCUAGAGAAGUGGAACGGACGAUCAAUCAUGAAGCCAACACCAUCAUCACGGGUUUUUGUGGACGCCAGCAAUCUGGGAUGGGGAGGUGUAGUACAAGGUCAAGUGGUGCAGGGCACUUGGACACAAGCGGAAGCACAACAAUCGAUCAAUUGGAGGGAAUUGAAAGCUGUACAACUCACUCUUCAAUCGUUUCCCACACUGUGCCACACCUCCAUUCUCAUCCGAUCCGACAACACAACAGCAGUGUCAUACAUCAACAAACAAGGAGGCACUCGUUCGGAAACCUUGAGCAAAUUGGCGACAACGAUUUGGGAAAUGUGCCUUCAGCGUCAUCUCCAUCUACAAGCACAACAUAUCCCAGGGAUCCUCAACUCAAUCGCCGAUCAAGCUUCUCGACAAAUAUUUGCCAAGAAUCAGUGGCAACUGCUGCCAGCAACCUUCCAUCAACUUCAACAAGCAUGGGGUGUACACGACGUCGAUCUCUUUGCGGACCGCACCACAGCAUUACUUCCGAAACGCCUUCACGUUGACAUGGAAUCGGUUCAAGAGACCACUCAUUCACCCACCUUGGAAUCUGAUUCUCCCAGCAUUGCAGAAGGUCAAGAGAGAGAAAGUCACGGCCACAGUCAUAGUACCUUGGUGGCAGAGUGCGAUAUGGUACCCACUUCUCAAGCAGAUGGCAACACGUCCUCCAAUCAUUCUCAAUCCGAAAAUACACACUCGUGUCACAUCAUCUCUUACCCCCAAUCCAUGGACAAACCCACGUUGGAAGCUUUCCGUGUGGAGUGUCUCAGGCGCAAGUUUCGCUUUCUAGAAUAUCAUGACAACACGGUGAAUCACCUUUUGGCAACCAACAGGUCCCUGAAUGCUCGCUCUUACCGCAAGUUUCAGCUUGAGUUUCUCAGUUGGUGUAUCACACAGCAAGUGGAUCCAAACCAUUUCACCAUGGCAACACUCAUCAAUUUUCUCUCCACCAUGCGCUCUCGUUACUCAGUGAAUUCAUUACCGCUUAUGCGUACAGCCAUUAUCCAUUUUCAUGUUCAACCAUCACUUUUUCAACAUGAUUCUCAACUCGAACAACUAUUCAACAUAUGGCGUGAAGAGGCACCACCGGUCCCAAUCGAACGUCCCCCUGUUGAUUUGACUCCUUCUUUUGCAUUUUGUCGCACGAUUGAAUCUUCGGCUCAUUCAUCUUUAUACAAUUUGGCUCACAAGACGGUUUUCCUUCUUGCUAUCACGGGUUUCCUUAGACCAUCGGAUCUACAUCGUAUCAAUCUCCAAGAUUCCUUUGUUGAUGGCUCUCGUUGUUUACAUCUUUCUGUGGUGGCACCCAAGGAGAAACGGAAUGGUCGUCGUAUUGUUAAGGUGGUGCGCAUCAAGCCAUAUCCUCAAGAUGCUACUUUGUGUCCGGUGACAGCAUUUGAGGCUCUACGGGAUCAUCCUAAUACGGUUAAUCGUCCUCCGGGUGCACUAUUUAUUAGUACCACCAACGCUCGUGUGGCGGCUUCUUGUGAUACCAUAUCUCGUUGGUUACGCAAUGUGGUGUCACGUUCCAUCAAUUCAUCAUCGUCGGCUUCAAGACGACCUGCUAUGCGUUCUGUGGCUUCGGAUUUGGCGCUCCAACAUGGCAUUCCCCUUGAUGAUGUAAUCACUCACGGCAAUUGGGCUUCCUCCAUGAUGUUUGAUAAUCACUAUCGGCGUUCUCGUCAUAUUUCUUCUGAUAUCACAUCUUCGGUGUUACCUGGUUCCUCUUCAUCGUCUUCGGCUUGA